AUGGGCAGUGUGGGUAGUGGAGUGGCAGGGGAACAGGAGUUUGCCAUGAAGUCCGUGGGCACUAGGACCACCCUGCCUCGCGCUCCGCCCCUGUCUCGCCGUUGCCCCGCCGACCGUAGCUGCAGCGCCGAACGACUCCCCCCACCCCCAGCGACAGCCUCCGAGGGAACUGCGUCUAGUGAAGAACGAGGAAGUAUUAGUAUUGGGACCGCAACUGGGAAAGACCGGCCCCCGGACUCUGACACGGACCGUACCGCUAUAACUGCAUCCAACUGUGACCGGGGGGAUACAGGGGUGGGAUACAGAAACGGAGCAGGAAGGAGGGAGCGGGAGAACACUGGAGGGACCAAUACAGACAAUCACAACAACCCUCCAAACCACAACCCACCCAAAAUCCUGCCUGUCUCUGGCAAACUAGAGCAGAACAACUCCGGGCUGGUUCGUCCUUCUGCCUUCAAACCAGUGGUUCCCAAAAGCUUUCACUCCAUGCAGAACCUCAUAGGCCAAACCACUAGUGGUGAGGGUAGGGGUGCGGGGGGGCCAGGAGGGGGUGAGGGAGCAGGAGGGGUCCAGGGGGGGAUGUCAGAUUCGGGGAGAAACUCCUUGACCAGCCUGCCCACCUACACAGGCUCUGGGUCGGGCUAUGUGCCCCCAUCGGCCCUGGGUACUCUCAGUGCUUCUACCAGCCAUAUCAACAGACUGGGGACCACCGCUGGAGCUGCAGCUGCUCAGGACAAGCUGGAGAAACCAGGCUACCAGAAUGGGCUGAGUGCCUCGGACAGUGGCCACUCCUCUUCAGGAAAGAGCUCCUCAUCCUAUCAGAGGCUGAGCCACCUGGGGGACACCCCAGCACCCCUUCGCCCCUCGCCUUCCUCUGAUGACGUCAUCCAAGACCUGGAGGACCGGCUCUGGGAGAAGGAGCAAGAGGUGCAGCACAUGCAUCGUAACUUGGACCAGAGCGAGGCAGCCAUCAUCCAGGUUUUUGAGGAGAAGCAGCGCGUGUGGGAGAGACAGAUGGAAGAGCUGCGACAGAACUAUGCCUCCCGCCUGCAGCAGGUGACGCGCCGCGCCCAGCGCUCCCAGAAUGCCCUGCAGGCCCAGAUCACCCGUCUGUCGCAGGACAAGCGGCGCCUGCAGGAGGAGAUGCCUGCCUUGCUGGCCCAGAGAGAAGAGCUGGAGAGGAAGUGUCUGGACUUCAGGAAGGAACAGGCCGACAUACUGCCACGCCUGGAGGAGACCAAGUGGGAGGUAUGUCAGAAAGCGGGGGAGAUCUCCCUGCUGAAGCAGCAGCUGAGGGAGAGCCAGGUGGAGGUGACCCAGCGGGCGGGAGAGAUGGUGGCCCUCAGGGGUCAGCUGAAAGAGGCCAACGCUCAGCUGAGAGACCGGGAGGAGGUCAUGCUGGGCCUCAAGGACUCCUACACCAACAAGAGCCUGGAGCUGGAGCGCUGCCAGGGAGAGCUGAGGAGGACGCUGACUGAGGUGUCUAUCCUGAGGGAGAAGCUGGGUGUGUUUGAGGCUGAGGUUCUGGGUCUUAAACGAACUCUGGGGGAGCUGGGCGGAGCGGUUGAUCCUGCAAUAACACAAACCCUAGCAGCAGGAGGGCUACUCCCCCCCUGGGGGGCUCUCUACUGCCUCCGCACCCCCACUGAGCCCUCAUCCACCCCCCUUACCCACACCUCAGAUGCCCUGCUCAGCUUUCAGAGUGAUGAGGCAAAAGCCCAGAGGCAAGAGACACAGAGACAGGAGAGGCAGCAGCGUGAAGAGGCCCAGUGGUGUGACAUGCAGCCACGCCAGGAGGCCCAUCUCCGUCAAGAGGCUCAUCUCCACCAGGAAUCCCAACUGCGUAAGGAAGCUCAACUUCGUCAGGAAGCCUACUUGCAUCAGGAGGCCCAGCAGCAGCAGCAGCGCCAGGAGGCCCAGUGGGAGGAAUCAGGGAACCUGCGUGAGCAGCUGGAACAGCUCCAGGGAGCCUUACGUCUAGAACGUCAGCAGAGAGAGCUCCAAGCCCACAGUUUUGACCAGGAGCGACACACCUGGAUUGACGAGAAGGAGCGUGUGCUGAAAUACCAGGCGCAGCUUCAGGUCAGCUAUGUGGAGACUCUACAGAAAAACCAGGCUCUAGAGCAACAGGUGGGACAGCUGGGGACCAAACUUACCCCCUCCCCCUCAUCUUCCAGCUCCCCUCCCCCACCACCAGCCCUGUCAACCCUCCCUCUCCUGCCCUCCGUCUCUCUCCCUGCCCCCAUUGCACUCACCCUCUCACCCCCGCACUGUGAGGACCAGAAAGGCCCCCCUUCCCUCCUCCAGCUGCCCCCACACUGGGCAGGGCCCUCACGCCUGGAGAGGAUAGAGUCCACUGAGAUUUAG